AUGGCACCAACUGUUCCAAUAGAUUUUGCUGGGCAAAAGGAAUCCAGAAAGUACUCUCAUUCACAAAUCAUGGGGAAAUCUCGAAAAUAUUCUAAAGGUCAUGCUACUGGGUUUGUUCCUGAAUUUCGUCAUGUUGUAGAGACUAUGGGUGAAUCGGAUGGAUUGGGUAGCUCUGGAAGGGUUGAGAUGGAGCCGGCGGCAUCGGCAGAUUCCUAUGCACCGAACAGGAAAUGCGCUGGUUUGAAGAGUGAUACUUGUUAUGGUAGUUCUGAUGUACCUUAUCAAUUAUUCUCGUUGUCUAAAAUGUCGGCUAUGGAAAGAAGGGAUUUGAAGUUGAGAUUAACUUGGGAACUUGAAAAAGUGAGGAAACUUCAGAAGAAAAUGGAUGGUAUGAAUUCAACCAUUAUUGGAUUAUCUCCGUCCAGUGACAUAAGGAGCUGCAGUGUGGGACAGAAAAGGCCUCAGUUGGAGAGCCAAUACAGUAUACUGCAGGCAUCAGUGCCACACGGUAAGAAAAGACCUCUGCCAGGACGUAGUGGUCCCAAGACAAAAAAAAGCAUGUCUGGGCGUUUUGAAUGUCCGAAACCUGCUGCACCAAUGGAUUCAUAUGAUACAUUGAUGAAACAGUGCGAGAAUUUACUUAACCGUUUGAUGUCUCAUCAAUAUGGUUGGGUCUUUAAUAAACCAGUCGAUCCUGUUGUAUUGAACAUUCCCGAUUAUUUCAAUGUCAUCAAACACCCAAUGGAUUUGGGAACUGUGAAGAGUAAACUUACUUCUGGUAAAUAUUCAAAUCCCAUGGAUUUUGCUGCUGAUGUGAAGCUGACAUUCUCAAACGCAAUUACUUAUAAUCCACCUGGCAAUGAUGUGCAUAGCAUGGCAAAUACUCUUAAUAAAGUCUUUGAAACAAAAUGGAAGUCCAUCGAGAAGAAAAUUCCUUUCAUUGAUCUCCGCGUCUCAUCCGAGCUUUCAAAACAUACACACAUAGAAACCAAAAUUUCUGACCCAAUCCCCCCCAUAAAAAAGAAGAAAAUGACACCAAAUAACACUAAUACCACCAAGCCAGAGCCUGUCAAAAGAAUUAUGAGUGACAUGGAGAAGCAGAAAUUGAGUCAAGAGUUGGAGGAGAUGCUUGGAGAGUUGCCUGAAACCAUUUUGGAGUUUUUGAAAGAGCAAAGUCACAAUGCAGGGCAAACCAAUGAUGAUGAAAUUGAGAUUGAUAUUGAUACUCUUAGCGAUGAUACCUUAUUCAAAUUGCGGAAGCUUCUUGAUGAUUAUAUGCUAGAGAAGCAACGAUUCCAGCCAAAAGCUGGACAGUGUGAAAUGGAGAUUCUUAAUGAAUCUGGGUUUAGCAAUUCAUCGAUGCAACCUUCUAAAGGCAACGAACUGGUUGAGGAGGAUGUUGACAUUAUUGGUGGGAAUGAUCUUCCUAAUUCAAAUUAUCCUCCACUGGUGAUUGAAAGAGAUGGAGCCAACAGAAACAGUAAAUGCAGUAGUUCAAGCAGCUCUAGUAGUGAAUCUGGCUCAUCAUCCAGUGGUUCGUAUUCAGAUUCAAGUAGUUCAUCUGGUAGUGAGUUAGAUACUGCUAAAGCGUCAGAACCUCUUAGUUCUAAGGAAAAUAUAGGUCCUGGCUUGACUUAUGAUCAAAACAGGGGGGAUCCUGGUAAUCCAGCAACUGGAAAUGAUUCAACUAACCUGGGUAGCCAGGUUGACCAGAGUUUGGAGACUAAGACUGUUACCAUUGAAUCAGAAAGCCACCAAGAUGGGGAGUGUGCUGCGUCUAAGAGGCAAGUCUCUCCGGAAAAGCUCUACCGCGCAGCUUUAUUAAGGAGCCGCUUUGCUGACACCAUAUUCAAAGCUCAAGAGAAAGCCCUUGAAAAGGAUGAUAAACGUGACCCUGAAAAGCUUAGAAUAGAGCGGGAAGAACUUGAGAGAAGGCAGAAGGAAGAGAAAGCUCGGCUGCAAGCAGAGGCAAAGGCUGCAGAAGAGGCUCGGAGGAAAGCUGAAGCUGAAGCUGAAGCUGAAGCCAAAAGGAAGAGGGAACUGGAGAGAGAAGCAGCCCGCCAGGCUUUGCAAAAGAUGGAGAAAACUGUUGAUAUCAAUGAGAGCUGUCAGUUUUUGGAAGAUCUAGAGAUGCUAAGUGCUGUACAUGAUGAAAAUACGCCAAAUUUCAAAGAGGAAGCUAGCCCAGAUGAUCAUCAAAAUGGAUUUGGAGGUAUCAGGCUGCAGGGAAAUCCCUUAGAGCAGUUAGGAUUGUACAUGAAGGUUGAUGAUGAAGAUGAGGAGGAAGAACUGCCUCAGAGUGCUGCAGAGCCAUCGAAAGAUGUAGAAGAAGGGGAAAUUGAUUGA